CUGUGCGGAUGGCUGGUAUCUACCUGUCAACAAUCGAGACAUCGCUGAAACUUAAGUCUCUGUGGCCCUUUAUCGUCUGCUUUUGUCAGGUUUAUCCAUUGUAGCCGAACGAGGCUCCAGUGUUAUGGAUGAACCAUGAAGGCCCAACUGCAAGUUACAGUGAUUUCAGCCAAGCUGAAGGAAAACAAAAAGAACUGGUUUGGUCCCAGUCCAUACGUUGAGGUAGCCGUGGAUGGCCAAUCAAAGAGGACUGAGAAGUGCAACAACACACAUAGUCCCAAAUGGAAGCAGGCUCUCACAGUAAUUGUGACUCCAGUCAGCAAGCUGAUCUUUCGUGUUUGGAGUCAUCAGACACUGAAGGCAGACAUCUUGCUAGGAAUGUCCACACUGGAGAUCAGCAAGAUUCUUAAGGCAAAUGACCUAAAAUUGUGUGAGGUAGUGCAGACACUGCAGCUGUGCUCUGACAGAGACCGCCGGGAGGUUGUCGGUGACUUGUCAAUCUGUCUGGAUGGCAUGCAGGUAGACUCAGAAACCUUUGCCUUGGCAGAGAGAGAACAAGCUGCUCUUCCAAAUGGAACUGCAAGACAAAAUGGAGACACUGGCAACAGAUCAAGCAGGGAUACAUCUCCAUCCAGUGACUCAGACGAGUGGGUCAUAGUACCCAAUGGCCAUGCUGUCAAUGGUACAGGUUCCCCUUCCCGAUCUCCAGGGGACUCCACAACCUCACGUCCUCCUAGACCUGCCAGACCUCCCCCUCCUAUGCCACAGAGACCAGCAGCCUCACCAACGUCUUCUAGUAGCUCUUCCCCGAGUGAACUGAGUGAAGGCCCAGCUUCUGAUGGUUCCUCUCAGGCGUCAGCUAGUGGGUGUUCCGAUCAGCAGGAAGAAUCAGGUGCAGGAGCAGCAACUGCAAGUUCCUCACAGACAGCAAGUGGCCCUAAACCAGCGGCCACUGCCUCAACAGCUCCGGCUGCAACAACACCCAGAAUCACUCCCAUUACCAAUGGUCCCUUGCCACCAGGCUGGGAGCAAAGAGUGGACCAGAACGGACGAGUGUACUAUGUGGACCACAUUGAAAAAAGGACGACCUGGGACAGGCCUGAGCCUUUGCCUACAGGGUGGGAGCGCAGGGUGGAUCCAAUGGGUAGAGUGUACUAUGUUGACCACAUAACCCGAACUACCACGUGGCAACGCCCCACACAGGAGUCAGUGCGCAACUAUGAGGAGUGGCAGCACCAGCGCAGCCAGCUCCAGGGAGCCAUGCAGCAGUUUAACCAGAGGUUCAUUUAUGGGCUCCAAGACCAGUUGGCAGCAACAACCAAUAAAGAGUUUGACCCACUGGGGCCUUUACCACAUGGUUGGGAGAAGAGAACAGACACAAACGGCAGAGUGUAUUUUGUUCAUCAUCCAACUCGGACAACACAGUGGGAGGACCCAAGGACACAAGGGCUGCUGAACGAUAAGCCCCUGCCUGAAGGUUGGGAGAUGAGGUUCACUGUGGAUGGUAUUCCCUAUUUUGUUGACCACAACAGGCGAACGACAACCUACAUUGACCCUCGCACAGGGAAAUCCUCGCUUGAGAAUGGGCCACAGAUAACCUAUGUCAGGGACUUCAAAGCCAAAGUGCAAUACUUCAGGUUCUGGUGUCAGCAAUUGUCGAUGCCUCAGCACAUUAAGAUUACUGUCUCACGUAAGACCUUGUUUGAGGAUUCGUUUCAGCAGAUCAUGAGCUUUCACCCUCAAGAUCUGAGGCGGAGACUGUGGCUCAUCUUUCCUGGCGAGGAAGGAUUAGAUUACGGAGGUGUGGCCAGAGAAUGGUUUUUCUUGCUGUCUCAUGAGGUGCUGAAUCCCAUGUACUGUUUGUUUGAGUAUGCUGGCAAGGACAACUACUGUCUUCAAAUCAACCCGGCUUCUUACAUCAACCCUGAUCACCUCAAGUACUUCAAGUUCAUAGGACGCUUCAUUGCCAUGGCCUUGUUCCACGGCAAAUUCAUCGACACAGGUUUCUCCCUGCCCUUCUACAAGCGCAUUCUGAACAAACCCCUGGCUCUUAAAGACCUGGAGUCCAUUGAUCCAGAAUUUUAUAAUUCACUCAUUUGGAUCAAGGAUAAUAAUAUAGAGGAGUGUGGUCUGGAGAUGUUCUUCUCAGUUGAUAAGGAGAUCCUGGGGGAGGUCACCACCCAUGAACUGAAACCAGAUGGAGGGAACAUUCAAGUAACUGAGGAAAACAAGGAGGAAUACAUCAGACUGGUGGCAGAGUGGAGGCUGUCCAGAGGUGUGGAGGAGCAGACACAGGCGUUCUUUGAGGGCUUUAAUGAAGUUCUUCCCCAGCAGUACCUUCAGUACUUUGACGCGAAGGAGUUAGAGGUGAUGCUGUGCGGGAUGCAGGAGAUAGAUCUGGUGGACUGGCAGAGAAACACAAUCUAUAGACAUUAUGCCCGAAGUAGCAAGCAGAUCCUGUGGUUCUGGCAGUUUGCGAAGGAGAUGGACAACGAAAAAAGGAUGAGACUACUGCAGUUUGUCACAGGAACAUGUCGUCUUCCUGUGGGUGGCUUCGCUGACCUGCUGGGAAGCAAUGGUCCACAGAAGUUUUGCAUUGAGAAAGUGGGCAAAGAAAACUGGCUUCCACGAAGCCACACAUGCUUUAAUCGUCUGGACCUCCCUCCUUAUAAGAGCUAUGAGCAGCUGAAGGAGAAACUCAUGUUUGCGAUAGAGGAGACAGAAGGCUUUGGGCAAGAGUAAUGCAACAAGGCUUGCAGGAUGUGACAGAGCAUUGGUGGUCUUGGAGGAGCCAUAUCCAUUUUGGACAAGACCACUUUCCAGCAGAUUCUCCUUGCAGCCAGGAGCUGUUUAUAAUCUGGUAGAUAGACUUAAUCUGUGUUGUCUGUCACAAAAGCGUAAAAAAAAUUGAAGGCAGUUUCUUCAUCAAUUCACGUGAAUCGUCCUCACCCAGUUUCACUCUGUGAUCAGUUCCUCCCUAAUCCAGCUGGUCUCACUUUGUCCCAUUCAGCCCACUAUUGGGCGAUAGAGGCAGAAAAGAUGCCUUUCUCAUCUGGUCAUGUCUGCACUUGCUGUAUGUUGUGCAAGGGCAGUUUCGACACGUACAUCUACCAACCUGUGCAGUAGAUACUUAGGAGUUGUCUUGUCGGGCCUAUGCACUACUAGUUAAUAAUUUCAGAGGGGAAAAAACAUGUUAUCUGAAAGCAAAAUCAUAGGCUCACAUGACUUUUGGGGUUCAGACUUUUUAUUUUUCUUUUGUCGGAAGGAUGAAUGAAUGGAUAAAUGAUUUUUUUUCAAUAGCUGACUGACUGUACUGACCCUCGUAGCACAUAUGCAGUUUCUGUAAUAACUUUGAUAAAUAUUAUCAUGUUAAUUGUAAUAAUAUUUCCUCUUAUUUUGGCAGGUUGAUUUCUUAACUUUCUAAUGAGUUAAAAUGUUAAACUCGUUUGCACAUGGUGAUGUAAGCUGUAAGACGGUUGUGAUUGUUCUUAAGAGAGGCUGUAUUUUUAUGUGCAAUAGUUUUGUAGAAAACAUUUUUGCCAAUAAUAGAGCCAAACAGUGAUUUGUUUGAUCAUUUUUAUAAAACUUUGGUAAGAUUAAGCAUUUACUAUUGAUUUAAAUUCCAAUAUGAAGUAGAGAACAUUUGCAUACUUUAAGUGUAUUUGGUGAAACUGCUUUGGUUGUGAUGUGAUUUGAUAAAGUUUGCCUUCCCAUAACAGACACUGCUGUAUAUAAUAUGGGCAUAUUUGACCAUGGAUGCUCACUUCAUUUGUCAGUCAGGGAAACUGAAACUGUGAAGGCUUUUCUUGGUAAUUAUAAGCUGUUACUGAUGACGUGGGAGCAUUGGGAUGUAAUGUAUAGUAGAGAGCAAUGAUUUGCUGAAUAAUGAUCAAUUCCCGCUGAAUGGUAGCAAAUUCUCUGUUAGUUUUCCAGAGUUAAGUAUUACUCUUACAGUGGCCCUGAGAGCUCAAGGCACUGCAACUUCAGAAAACGCAUGCAAACCAAGAAAAUAUCUUCAUCAGUUCAACAACACAUAAUCAAACUAGUGAAAGCGUUUUCUUUAUUUACUUGCGUCGACCUCUCAGCCACGCUGUAUAUUCAAGAUUAGUAGUAAUGAAUAUUUUAAAUUCUAACAGUUUAACCUGUUAAGUGACUAAUGCAGUUUAUGUAAAUAUACUUACAAAUUAAAAAAAAGUAAAAAAAAAAAAGUGUUUAGUAUCUCAGUGCAUAUAACACAUCCAAGCAGUGGACCCCUUUGAGUUGCAGGCAAGAAAUGAGAUUUAAAUUUAAAUAAUAGCAAGUGGCCCUAGUUUUAUAGGGUGUAAGGCUUUCAGAUUUGUACAGUGAUAUUGCAUUUCUUGUCUUUUCCAAAAAUCCUCUGUUAACAUCAAACUUAAAGUUUAUUUUUUCGAAUUAGAUAAAGUACCGUUAAAAAAGAAAAAAAAAAAGAAAAAAAAGAACCAGUCUACCAAAGGAGCUUAAUGAGUUAAUUGUGUAAACUUACUGACUUAAACGUUUAAGUCAGCAGGUGUAAUCAGUUGUUAACAUCCUCUAAAUGAUUACACAUUUGACAUCACCUGUCCCUAUUAGGUUAUUGUCCUUUAUUUGGUCACUGUAGGGUACAAGAAAUGUAAACACAAAGGCUUGCUCCACAAUCUCAACUUUGAAUACGGAAUUCAAACAAAAUCUCUGUAAUAUUUAAUGUUUAAAAAAACUACAGAUUUUGCAGUGUUAAGGAAUACGUUGUCUUAAUCUCACUUAGAAAUGUAUUUCACUGUUGAUUUUUAAUGUUUCUUUCAAGUUGUUCAGUUAUCCAGAGCUUUAGAGUCCCAUUACAAAAAGACCUGUUUAUCAAACACUUCGAGUGGAAAACUGACUUUUAGCAGCUUCUGGGAGUCCCUUGUAUUUGUGCAGGAAUGACAGAUCGUGUACCUGACAAUUCAAAGUACUUUAUAAAGAAGUCACUCAGGUACACACAUUCAAAGUCCGUUGCACAACAGUCAGAAAUUAUGUCAAAAUUCUGUUCAAUAUGAUGGAAAUCUAAAGGUUCAUAUUGUUAACAGAAUUUACUAAAACUGAUUCGUAUUAAUACACAGUAUUAACUUGUGUUACUGCUGUAUAUCUAUAUGGAUUUGCUGCUUCAUAAAAGCAGAUUAAAAUUUGUAAUGUGAUAUUUUACGAUGAGCUGUCAUUGUCCAAGCGUAAAGCUGUGGUAAUGUGCAUGUGUAGGCAGCGUGGUGUCAAUUAUGUGCUAUAAUUUCAAUGUGUGCCCCAGACAACUGAAGAUGGAAAAACAAUCUAUGUCAGAUUUUUCUCUUUAAGUUCCCCAUUAAAAUGUAAAAGGAUGGAUUCUCAAAAUUAGCUUGUGAAUUUGCCCAUGUGUGAGCCGUGUGGCUGUUCAUUUCAUAAUGUCAGUACUGGUACAGCAUAGAAGAAGGAUGGUUAUUCUCACUGCCUACAUUGAACUGACAGGUAUAUUGACUCAAUCACUACAUCUACAACUUCACGUACCAUUUACUGCUCACUUUAUCCUUAACUGUGUGAAGUGUUUCACAAUAUAGCACAUAUAUUCCCUUACUGGCAGUAAUUCAGUUCACAUACACAAAGAAAAAAAUCAUUGUGUAGCUACUGGUGUGCAGACUUGUGAAGAAAUUAAUGUAAAAUAAAUACGUUAAUAAAAAAAAGGUUUUGUGAAUACAAUGUUGACUGUUGAAUAUUUUAACAGGUUAAAACUAUGUAAUAAUAGCACCUUAACACUCAAGCUGAUUGAAUUAACCACUCUUCUGUUUAAUCACCACUGUGUUCCAGAUCUUGGGGCAGAUAAAUAUAUAGAAAUAUGCAAAAUAGUGUUUUAGUUGUACUGAUUGCAUUGUACUUCAUGUUGAUAGUGUAAUCACUGUUUCUUUUUCUUUUUUUCUUUCUUUGUUUUUUUGUUUGUUUUGAAGCUGUUGCUUUUUUGAUAAGUGCAGUUAAUGGGUGAAUACUAUUUAUUAGGAGGAUGAGUUUCCUGUAACAGUGGAUUGGAAUGAUUGAGGAAAAAAAAACAGUAAUAAAACAAUUAAAACACCCAAA